ACCAAAUAAACGUUAAGUUGGAUAUCUCAAACUCAAACCUUGAGUUGAGUGGGCAGGGAUUUGGGAAAAGAAUGGCUAACUCCUCUUAUAUAGCCCAUCAGAUAUAACCCAAAAAAGAGAAGUAGCAAGUAAAGGCUGCCAAUAUCAAGACAAAUAGAACAAGUACAUAAUACUCACUGACCUAUCACUUAUGGAUUGCAAUAUUUAGCGGGAAGAAGAAAGUAAGGGAAGGUAAUACAAAAGGCAUUCCAGGACAUUACAAGUUCCCUCACAUAUUUCUAACAAUUGUGGCAAUAACAAUAACAAUGUACAAAUGGCAAGAAUUCAACUUUCCACUAGAAGUUGAAACCCCUCAAAAAAAAAAAAAAAAAAAAGGGAAAAAAAAGCCCUCAUUGGACUAGAAUUUUAUUUGCAACUUUUAGAGGUAACCCUAUCAAGCAAAAUGUGGCAUUCUGAUUUCUGAAAAUCGGAGAAGAGCCUAUAGCAUUUCUUCUACACAUCAAUAUUGCAAAAUUGAAAUGCACUUCAAUGCAAUUUCUAUGAUUUUAAUGCUUCUCUUUAGAGAGAAAGUGUAAGAUUGGAUUGUUUAUCCUCGAUUUUCAAACCCUUUCUGAGGUAUUUUAUUGGUUUGUUAUUUCGAUCUUGACAUCUAUUUCUCCAUAUUUUUAGAGUUUUUCAGUAUUGUGAGUUUACUGAUUCUAUGAUGAGUUUUGAAAGGAUUGUAACUCAUCCUGCUACUGCUACGGUUGCCAAAGGAGUGAUAGAACAACCUAAUGUCAACCUUGAAUCCCUAAAACAGGUGAUAUUAAAUCUUUUUAAUGCUCCUACUGCCUUAUCUACUACUCCGGGUACCAAACCUUGGUAUUUCGAUUCUGGUUAUUGUAACCAUAUGUCUUCAAUUACUACUCAUUUCUCUUCAAUGUCACCUAAUAAUUCCUUUCCUGAUAUUUAUUCUGCUGAUGGUUCCCCUAUGAAUGUUAGUCACAUUGGUAAUGUUUCUACAAAGUCAUUGACUUUACCAAAUGCCCUUUUAGUUCCAAAACUUAGUUAUAAUCUUCUAUCUGUUGGUCAAUUAUGCGAUCUUGGUCUUGAAGUAACAUUUUCUGCUCAUGGUUGUCGUGUGCAGGACCCACGGACAGGACAACUUCUUGGAACUGUCUGUGCUGCUACUAACAUUUCUCCUCUCCAUUUGUGGCACUCACAACUCGGACAUACCUCUGUCGGUAAACUUCGUCCACUUAUCUCUCGUGGUUUAUUAGGAUCAGUUCCGAAUGAAUCUGUGCAUUGUGUGUCAUGUCAAUCUGCAAAGCAACUAGCUUUAUCUUUUUCGAGUAGUUAUUCUCAUUCUACUACUCCUUUUGAUCUUGUGCAUUCUGAUGUUUGGGGUCCAUCUCCUACACCCACCAUGGGGGGUUCUAGAACUGACAAUGCUACUGAAUAUCUUGGUACUAAACUUCAAUCUUUUUUGAAAGAACAAGGUACACUGCCACAACAAUCUUGUCCUUAUACUUCUGAACAAAAUUGGCGAGUCGAACGCAAACAUAGACACAUCUUUGAUUCUGUUCGUGCUCUGCUCAUUUCAUCCUCUUGUCCAGAGCGAUUUUGGGGUAAGGCUGCUCUUACAGCUGCUUAUCUUAUUAAUCGCAUUUCAUCAUCAGUUCUUAAUAACCAAUCUCCUUAUGAGCGUCUACAUGGUAUUCUUCCUGCUUAUAAUCUUCUUAAGGUUUUUGGUUGUGCAUGUUUUGUUCUUCUUCCACCUCAUGAACAUAACAAGUUAGAACCUAGAGCUCGAUUAUGCUGUAUUUUGGGUUAUGGGAUUACACAAAAAGGAUAUCGUUGUUGGGAUCCUGUGUCACAAAAACUCCGUGUUUCACGUCAUGUUGUCUUUUGGGAACACACUAUGUUCUCAUCAUUGUCAAACUUCAAAGUGUCAUCCUCUCAUCAACCUCCAUUUUUUACUAAUCCUUCUAUUGAGCUAUUUCCUAGUGAUUCUAAUGCAGGUACAUCUGAUGAGCUCUACAAUGCCUCACCACAUGCUCCAACCAGUUUUGUAGAAGAUGAUCUGCUUGCUGGUAAUGCAUUAGAUCAUUUUGAGCCUUCUUCUACUUCCUCGUCUACAAAUGAGCUUGUUGUCACAUCCUCGAGUCAUCCUACUCGGGUAAGAAAGCCUCCAAACUACCUUCGUGAUUAUCAUUGUUUUCCUGCUAUUACUUCGUUACAUGAGCCUCAAUCCUAUCAAGAGGCCUCUUUUAAUCCUCUUUGGCAACAAGCUAUGCAAGAUGAAUUGCAAGCUCUUGAGAACACUCGUACAUGGGAUUUAGUUGAUCUCCCUGCUGAAAAAUCUCUAAUAGGCUGUAAAUGGGUGUACAAGAUCAAAACGCGAUCUGAUGGUUCUGUGGAGCGUUAUAAGGCACGCUUGGUUGCCAAGGGUUUUACACAGGAGUAUGGAAUCGACUAUGAAGAGACAUUUGCUCCAAUUGCUCGUCUUACAUCUGUGCGCAGUUUGCUUGCUAUCGCUGCUAUACGGAGAUGGAAAUUGUUUCAGAUGAAUGUGAAAAAUGCUUUUCUUAAUGGUGACUUAGAAGAAGAAGUUUAUAUGAAACCACCUCCUGGGCUCCACCAUCCUCCAAACAAGGUGUGUCGAUUGCGCCGAGCAUUAUACGGGUUGAAGCAAUCCCUUCGAGCCUGGUAUGCAA